AUGCCUCCUUCGUCACGUCUUCUGGGGCCUCAGGUCCAGCAAGAUGCCUUCUCAGAGUCCACGAGAAGCAUGCUCCAUGAGCGAGGUGACCGACCAGAAACAUCGACACAUCAGCCGUCUUUAGCGGACUUUCUUCGGCUUUCCACGUCAGAUUGUGGGGUCCACUGCUUCGCUUUUUACCUCCGAGGCGGUUCCUCGGCCACCCUCCCUCUGGUUUUAGGCCUGCGGGAGCGUCUGCUGGUUGAGGAAUCUUCUUGUCUCUCUUCUUUUUUGAAGGCUCAGGAACCCACGGAGUCGCCCCCGCCACCACACGGACUCGAGAAUCCUACUCCCGACUCCCGAGCUGAGCCUCCAUCGGGUCCGAAAGGAGACAGCUGGGCGCUUUCACAGGACGCAGGUGCCGGUGUCCAACGAGGAGGAGGCGCCCUGCACUGUCUCGGCGCGGCAAGCGAUUCAGUCGACGAGAAUUCGGGAAUUCGAGGAGAACCAGACCAAAGCAGGCAAACUAUUGUUAACGCGUCGACGAUGCAAUCUGCUUCGUCCGAAAACGCCAAGGUCGUUUUCCUUAACGACCCUCCCGACACUUCAGUGGAGUACCCACAACUCCACGAAGUCACGAAAGAAGCGAAUCCUGAUGCCAGAGAGUCGCCUCCUGAGCGUGAUAGCGGCGACUGUGGAUUCGUGAAGUUUGCUUUUCAGGAUGAGAAAAAUGAAGAAGAGUCUUCCCGCUCCGCGCCGGCGUGCACAGCUGCGUGGGCGCCUCUAGAGAGUCAAACCCCACAGGGUCUUUUCGGGAGAGGAUACGAAGGAGGCAGGAAGAGACAGGUGGACAGUGAGCGAAGAGGAGAAGAGGUCACACAGACUUUGAGAGAUGAACAGACACGGCGCGGUGACACAGAAGAGUUCAAGGAGUGCUUGGAGUCUACAGGCGUCCAAAGAACCACAGACGAUGGGAGUGCUUCGGAUCUCUUUCCAUCUCGACAUUGUUCUUCUGCUUCCUCCUGUGUCUCUUCGGCUUCGUUAUUAGUAUCUCCUGCGCCUCUGCACGCGUCACCACCCCCUCCUUCGUCUUCCACUUCUGCACCUCCGACUGCUUCAUCUUCGACCGGUUCUUGUCCUCCUUACUGCGCCUCUACCUGCGCAUCUAACUCUUCUCCCUUUCCGACUUUUGUGGUCACUCGUGCGCCUUUCCAUUCAUCCAGUUGUUUCCUGCCUUCUCUGCCUCCGUCCGCCACGCCUGUGCCUUCUUCGACCUCUUCAACACCUGGUCCACCUGCCUCUUUUCCAGCUUCCUACCGCUCUUCUUCUUCCGUUCAGCCUGGCUCAUUCCCCGCUCCCUAUUUGUACUCGACCUCACGUCGCUCUUCCUCGACUCAGUCUACUUCUGCGGCCUCUUCCGCCUCUUUUUCCUCCGCCUCUGUCCCUCCAUCUUUGCUGGCACCUGCAGCCUGUUCCGCUUCGCAUGCGUUGCGUUGCGGCUCUUCUGUUUCGUCAAGCUCUUCGGACUGCCGAGCGUCCUCAGCCUGGCAGUUCCCCUCUGCCCGAGACGGCCCUCCGGCUGAGAGGGCUGGGAGCGUGGCGAGCGCCGGGAGCCUGUUUGAUCUCGCGACGCACUGCCGAGCCGGAAAAACUAGUGCGAAGAAACUGCAUGCGCUGAAGCGCGACAGGCGCGCUGGUGUCGACGCGGCAAUCUCCCUCGAAGAGAGCAAGCUAAAGAGACAAGAACUUAGGAGACAAGGAAGGAGGAAGAAACGAAGAAGAGAGAGUGCGAGGUCGGCGCUUCGCUGCUGCACGUACUUGGGCGACGAGCUCCGACGCAGCUGUCGCGCGUUCUUUCGGCGGCGGCUUAUAGACGAAUUCUUUGCUCGCUACAGCCGUGAAGAAGAACGGCUGUGGCUGGAGUUUGGGCUUUCUCGAGGCCGGAGAACUACGGGCGUCCACCGAGAGGGAGAGGGACAUUUGGUGCCGGAGAGAGAAACUGUGCCUUGGGCUUCUGGGGGUUCCUCGGCCUGUCCUUUCUCAGCUUCCUCUGACUCCUCCCUCUCGGUACAGUGCCCAGCAGAAAGACGAUCUGCGUCAUCUAAUGCGUUCCUGACCACCACGCCCUCGGUUGCGAAACAAACGAAGAAGCGAAAAGCGGAGCGGUGUACCGACACGGAAGAGUGUUGUCUCUCCACACCCGACACUGAGGAAGGGGUUUUCUCUCGGAAAAGAACUGCCGUUUUAGACGAGAGAGAAACGGCUGCAGCCACAGGUGCACCUGUGCCGCAAAUUCGCGUCUGCGACUUCUGGUUCUGUUUAGAUUGGACCUCUUCAUCGUCUCCGGGUGCAGCGGACGAGAGGACAAGUGCCGCGGCUCAGACCGCGAGAACGUCUGAAGAACCUGUUCUGCGGCGGAAGAGAGACAGAAGCGCGGAGAGCGCGGUCGCGGAUCCUCAGAGUAGACGGAAACUGCGAGGGCAUGUGAGAGCUCGCGACGGACGCUUGCAGGAAGAAAGAAAUGGGGGAGAGGAAGAGAAACUUCGGGUGAGGCAGUCGGAGAAAGGCGAAGAGAUCCGACGCAACGAAGAGGGCGGUCAGGGAGACGAAGCGGGGUGCGAGGAAGUGGAAGGCGAAGGAUUUGUCUUUGCGAAUGGGAGAAAGGAAGCUCUUUGCUACGGCAAGGAAGUUCUGAAGAAAGAAGAGGGCGACUCGAAGAAGCGAGGAGACCAGAGACAGAUCUGUGCAGAGGAAGAUGCAUGCGCCAACGAAGCUGAAAGAGACCGAGGGGAAGCAACGCGUCAGAAGGGAGUAGGGAGGCGCUCCCAAAGGGGAGACAAAAGUCCGAGAGGCAACGGGAACCAAGGCGACGAAGCACCAUCAGAAGUUCCAGGAACAUGUGACAGCGGAGAGAAGACAGAAAGACUGGUGAAGCGAAGCGGUGGUUGUAACGAAGGUGCGAAACACAAGAGAGCCGAGGCAAGAGAAGAAGGGAAAGCGGCGGCACAUCGCCCUCUCUCCUGCGCCGAAGAACGACGAGACACGGUAUGGAAGUCCGUUCGUGUUUCUGAAGGCAAAGAACCGCGCGUCCUGGGAAGACAAGAAGCGACGAACAGAGAGACAGGCGAGGGCGGCGAUGAAGCAAACGAAGACGAAAGACGAGGGAAAGAACCAGACGGAUGGGACAUUCACUGGACGAAAAAGCGGAGUGGGGACAGCAAAGGUCGAGUGCAAACGGAGAGAGGGGAGCAAAAUCUGAAGAAGUGUCAAGAGGAGCGAAAACGCUGUCUCGAGGUAACAGACGCUGGAGACAGUGAAUGCGGAAGCGAGGCAGAGAGAGAGAAGAAAGAGAAACAUCAAGACAUGAACGAGCACGCACAGACUCAACGAACGACUCGGCGCGACGUUGACGGCUCGUGUGUGACCUCACUGAAGGUGGAAACGAAUUCGAGUGAAGAAAAGAAGACUGCGACUACAGAACGAGGAACAGAACAUUCUUUUGCAGACUUACAUUCAGCACAGCGAUGGCUUGCUGCUUCGUUUUCUAGUGAAGACGCGUCUGAAGCCAGUGACGAAGCUCAGAAAAGAGAACGCAGAGACCACCCUCGACAUGUGGAAGACGAAGAGGAAGAACUCACGCGCGAAAUCCCGGAAAAUAAAGCGUCAAAAAGAGAGAACGACUCAAGCGGUUGCGGCGUAGACUUAAAAAAAACUGACGAAAGUAAAGAAUCUGAUUUGACCAGAGGCAUGUUGGUGUCGACUCGUUACCAGCGUCAGUCGAAGACCGGUUGUUGCCAGAGUGGCUUUUCUUCUUGCGACUCUCCGCCGCCCUUCUCUCACAUGGCUUCUCAGGCUUUGGAUCGCUUUUUCGCCUUCUUUGCUCUCGCGCCCGGCAACAGCUUUCUACAAGCGUUUCCAGGAGAGGCAAUAUGGCACCACAGAGACGAAACCAUUUCUUCGUCAGACGCGAGAGAGGCAGAACACCCGUGUGGUUGUGCCUCGCUUCGGUCUGCCUGUCCUUCCGCAUUUCCUUCCCCAGUCUCGUCUCUUGCCUUUCUGUGUUUUCCUGUUUCUUUGUCGGAAGAGAAAAUCCACUAUGCUGUGCCGCGCAAAGAGGAGACAAAACGAAUCCGAGGGACAAGCAACGAGAGGCGAGAACAGAGGGCAGGCCUGUGGAGUGGCCUGAUCGAAGCCGGAUGUCGACAGUGCGAGAGGGAGGAAGAAAACGGCCUGACAACGCGACUCAGCAGUGCAGAGGAAGAGACAAGCAGAGAAGAGAGGCAAACAGCAGAACUCGAGGAGGAAAGAGGGGAUGGAAAAAGAGAAGGAGAACCACAGAAAGAACCCUUCGCAGAGAACGAACAACCAUCGAAGAGCAGACACUCCCCGCAAAAAGUGGCGAAAGAACUCGACGGUCAAUCAGGUUCUCUGGACGGCGCAAAGCAUUUAGGCAAAGGGAGGGACGAAUCUACAGAGGGAUUCCGAAAAAGCAAACCAGCAUGCAAAGCAGAGAAUUGCGAAGUGCGUAAGGAGGCGAGAAGGGCAGAAAAUGACAAAACCCGAGAGAGAGACAGACGGCAAGAACAGGAAGGAAUGAGAAGCAGCGCGUACGAGAGCGGAAUCACCAACGAAGAAAUACAAAGAGAAAAUGAUAGUGGAACAAGUUUCCUCGAUACUGCAAUCCGCCAGUCACUUCUUUGGGAUGCCCUGUUCUCUUCCUGGUACGACGAGGCACAUAUUAGAGGCAAAGACAGGAGGGCGAGUGCUGACAGUACAGACGACGACCGACUCACGUUCGAUGGCCCUCACUGCUCCAGUGUUUUUUCCCUUUCCCAGAAAGUAGCAGAAUCGCGUCGGAGACGAGUGCGAAAGCUUCUGUGCAGAGGGUUAGAGGUGCUGGAUCGAGUAAUCGAGGCUAUAAACGAGGAAAAAUACAGGAGUGCCACGAUCAGUGAAGACGCCAGUGGAACUGCGGGAAAGGCAAACGGAGCUGUGGACGAAGGCCGGACAGAAGAGGAAAGGUCCCGGGAAAACGUCACACCCGGGGAAGACGCAAGGUGCCUGUUGAAGACGAGAACCACGGAAGAGCAAGAAGCGACGGGAGGUCAGGCAGGAGAAGCAAAACGCACUCACGACUCUGCAGAGGAAGACGACCUUGGUCGAAGCAGCGAGCCUUCCAUGGAGAUGUCCACUGGACUUUGUGCGCUGGAGUCUAGCGUUUCGGCUGCUCCACGUUCGCGUUCAUCACGACCCCCUAAUGAUGCUAGCCCAUCGACACUGUCGAGGCGAGGUGACGCGCAAGAUCCAGGAACUUCAAAUCUGUCGAGCUUCGAAAGACCAUUCUCACUUUCCGCUGCACAGUUUCCGUCUUUCUCUGACUCUUCGUUGUCGAGUUCUGCUGUCCCUUCGUCGGCUUCGCGUGUUUCGUCCUCUUCCCCUGCCUCGGCUGUGUCUCGCUCUUCCCUGCCAUAUCCAUUCCUGACAGAACGCAUGAAAACAGAGGAGGGGGUAGAGCGACUACGGGCAAACGAAGUCAAGGACGAAACUGAACAAGGGGAAGGAAAGGGAAAGGAUCCUUUUUCACCGGGUGCUGUUCGUGACGCGAAGUCCAGAACGCAAAGCUCCGAAGAAGGACAUAGACAAAACUGUUUACACUUCCCUAAGCUGGAGUCGGGAAAAUGUGACGAUUCUUCCCUUUCGAAAUUAACGGGACCUUCGGUCACCCUUUCGGAUUCUUCAGUUACUCUUUCACACUCUGUUUCUACCCCAGUUCCGUCCGCCCCGCAGUCUUUCACCUGCAUUCUAGAGCCACUUCCAAAAGAGACAGAGACUGGGUGUCCUUUGUAUAGAGCAGAGCCCAGCCCAACCGUCUUUCACUCGGCGAAGAAUCUGUCGUGCCGCUCCCCUUCUCAUGUCGCUUCCUUCUUAUCUCUGACAAAAGCGUCUGUAUCUCCGAAAACGGAGGCGAAUCUCGCUUUUGCUUCUAUUUCUUGUGAGAGUCACUGUGAAAGUGAUGCGGAGGCUUUACGGCCUUCUUCAGAUCAUCAGUAUAUCCCGUCACAACCCCAGUGCUGUUCGUCUGGGAGUUACUCGAGUGGGCUUGCCAACAACUCUCCGCUCUCUAUUCAUUCCGUUAGAGCGCAUCCGCCUCCCUCAUCAUGCAAGACAGAGACAUACGCUUUUUGUGUCGAGGCGGGGCCUGCGAACAAGCUUUGUCGGCGUCACGUUUUACGGCAGGAGAGAGACUUUGAGACACCGGCAAGUCCCAGUUUUCAGCAACAAGGAAUGUCUGAUUCGGAAAAACAAACGCGACAUGAACGUGGCGAGAAAGAAUCAAACGGGAAGAGCGAAAAGAGCGAAGCUGCUGCCGGAGAAGAAGGAACGGACAGAGGAAAAUGCCUGGCGGAGAGCAGCGGGUACGAAGCUGGCGGUGGAAAGAAAUGUGGAGAAGGGGGAACAGAAAGACAGGGAAAAGAAACACGAACGGGUGGAGGAUGGGAGGAAGGCAUAUGUCAGUAA